UUCCUCUGAGCCUUUUUUUUUAAAGAGGAGUUUGCAGAAAGCCACUGGGUCCCUUUCCUUCAGUCGCAGCCUGAGCGCUUCCCUGAGCGGCAGAGAGGAGGAGGAGGAGGAGGAGGGAGCGCUGCUGCAACUGCCUGGACAUCUUUCUCCUUGCUCUCCUCGCCUUUCUCCUUCGCCGGCUGGGCCAAACAAACCAACAACAACAACAACAACAAACAGGAGGGAAACCCAGCAGGAGGAGGAAGAGGAGAAGCCGCAGUUUCCUUCCAGCAUGGGAGCCGGCAGCUCAGCGGAGCAGGCGAGCCCCCAGGACGGGGCGAAUGCCGCAGAAGCGCAGCCCCCUCCACAGCAGCAGCAGCAGCAGCAGCCCCCCGAGGGGCAGGAGGAGGAGGAGGAGGAGGCCAAGGGGCCCGAGGCCGAGCAGCAGCAGCAGGACCCCGCCAAGGCUUUACAGAAGAAUGGGCAGAUAUCUAGUCUAAAUGGCAUUACAGAAGAGCAAGUGGACCUCAGCCUCAAGCCAGACGAGCUGAAUGGACAGCAGGCAGAAGUCAUCGUAACAGAUGUUGGACAAAGGGAAACUGCAAACGUAAUUCUGAAAGAGGAGUCUCUUGAAAAUAUGGAGGCCAGACCACCAGAAUCAACUAACAAUACAAAUAAAAAUGAUGAUCAGAAGGAUGUACAAGAUGCUGAUAAACAAUCUCCAUCAGUAGAAGAAGGAGAAGAACAGGAACAACCUGGUGAAUCUCCAUCAAAUGAUGUUGGAUUUAAAAAAGUCUUUAAGUUAGUUGGUUUCAAGUUUACGGUUAGAAAGGACAAGACUGAGAAAGUAGAGCCUGUUCAGUUGUUGAAUGUAAAAGUAGAUGAUACAGACGUGGCAUCAGAUAGAUCUGGUGAUCAUAAAGAAGUUAAGAAAGAAACAAUGGAGGAAGCAGCACAAACAGAGGUACCUUGCUCUAUAGAAAAGACUGAACAAGAAACUCAGACUGAUAAAAUGAAAGAAGAACCUUCUCUUGAAAAAGAAACGGAAAGCUCUAUUGAAGCAGGAAGCCAGGAUGCAGAAAUGAAAAACGAUGAGAGCAAGUCUCCAGAGUCUCCAACCAGCCCUUUGACUAGUGAAACAUCAUCGCCUUUUAGAAAGUUCUUUACUCAGGGUUGGGCUGGCUUUAGGAAGAGAACAAGCUUUAGGAAAUCUAAAGAAGAGGAACAACAGGUUCUUGAGAAAGAAAAGCAAGAACAAGAAAGAGAAGUAACCAAAGAAGAAGAGGCUAUCAAAGAAGAAUUGGAAGAAGCCCACGCAGAUACGUCCAUAGAAGCCAGUGAUAAGAAAGUAGAAGAAAACAGAGAAGAAAAGGAAGGCAAGGAAAUGAAAGAUGUAACAGCAGAAACACAUCAGAAAGAAAUCACAAUUCCUCAUGAACAGUUAUCAAAGCAGGAGUCUGUUGAAGAAGUAGAUGAAAAAUUAGAGACAAAUUUGAACGGGAAACGUGACCUGGCCAUAGAGGAAACACCAGAUCCAGGGCAAGAAAGUCUCAUAGUUAUAAAAAGCACUCCAGAAUCAUCUGAGGAAAAAAUUGAACCAACACAUCUUUCAGAAAAUGAAGAAAAAAUGGAUCAGUCUGAUCAAACUACUAUAAUUAUAACAGAACAACAUACGGAACAAGCUGAAACAUUUGAAGAAGGCAAAUCUGAACCAAAACCACCUCUUUCAACAGAAAUUGAUGUUGAAAAACCUGCAGAAGCUAAUGUUGAUCUUAGUACUAUUGUGGAAAAGGAUGAACCAAAAACAAUUCAAAAAGAACAACUGGUCCUUGAACAAUCAGUUGAAUCAGAUGCUGAGAUCCAAAGAAGUCAACCCACUGAUGAACAGCUAAAAGACAAAGAAACUGUGCCUGAAACUGUGAAUGAACAGCUAAAGCAAACAGAACCAAGUGUUGUAGGUUCUAAACCUCCAGAAGCUAUCACAAAUGGAGUUGAAUUGAUUUCAUCUCAAGAAAGAGCCAAGAUGCAAGGCAGCCCAUUAAAGAAGCUUUUUUCAAGUUCUGGUUUAAAGAAGCUGUCAGUAAAGAAACAGAAAGGAAAAAAAGAAGAGACCAAGUCAGGUGAAGCAGCAGAACAAACACAACAAUUCUCUGAUUCUGCAGAGAGCCCAGAAGAUCCCAGGGCAGAAAGCUCUGCUUCUUCCCCUGAAGAAGCAAUGGAAUCUAUAGAAAAAGGUGCAGAGACAUCACAAGUCACAGAAACUGAAGACAUUUCUAUCCCAAAUAUUGAGAAAAGAAGAGAAAGUAUUACAGCUUGGGCUUCUUUUAAAAAAAUGGUGACUCCCAAAAAACGAAUCAGAAGGCUUUCAGAAAGUGACAAAGAAGAAGAGCCAGAUAAGGGGAAAAGUGCUACUCUGUCUUCAACUGAAAGUGCACCUUGUGAAGAACAGGAAGAUGUUAAAGAAAAUGGUGAGGAACAGAAAUUAGAAAAAAGCACAGAUGAACCCAAGAAAAAAGUUGAUACUUCUGUAUCCUGGGAAGCAUUGAUUUGUGUAGGGUCAUCUAAAAAAAGAACCAGAAAAUCGUCAUCUUCUGAUGAAGAAGUAGGACAAAGACUAGCUGAAGAAGGACAAAAAACAGAUGAAACUGUACCACAGAAAGAGACAACUGGAGACAUAACUUUUACAAGCUCACAGGAAAGUGAUCAAGGACAAGGAGGUUCCUCACCAGAACUAGCUGGAAGCCCAUCUGAAGGUGAAGGAGUUUCCACAUGGGAAUCCUUUAAAAGAUUAGUAACUGCAAGAAGAAAAUCUAAAAUAAAGAUAGAAGAAAGAAAUGAAGACUCUGCUGUAGCUCAAAGCUUAGAGUACUCUACUUCAGAUGGAGAGUCCGGAAAAGAAGAAUCCUGGGUGUCAUUUAAAAAAUUAAUGCCUAGCCGUAGAAAGAAAAAGUCAGAUGGAAUACCAGAACACACACCCAUUCAGGGAACUGGUGAAGGAAUUGCUGAAACCAAUGAGGAGGACUCUGAUAUUCCAGCUGUUGUUCCUUUAUCAGAAUAUGAAGCUGCCGAACGAGAGAAAUUUGAAGCGCAAAAGACAAAUCAAGAGGAUGCAACUGUGAAAGUUUCAGACCAAAAAACAGAAAAGCCAGAAGAUGCUUUAGUAACUGAGCAGUCCAGUGAAGGUCUAGUUCAUGCAGUUACUGUUACAGUAGUAGAAGGGGAAAGAGCAGUUACUAGUAUUGAAGAAAGGUCACCAUCAUGGAUAUCAGCUGCUGUUACAGAUACUGUCAAAUGUACAGAUGAAGAUGAAGGAAAACAAGCUGAGCAAACUAAAACUGCUGAAGAAACUGUGGCAGUCACUAAACUUAAGCCAGAAAUUAAAAAGGACAUUAGUGGUGACACUAUUAUCAGUGAAUUGGAAUUAACCUCAGAAGCAGUCACAGCUCGAGAAGAAGCUUCAGGUGUUGAAGAAGGACUUGAAGUGUCCUGUGCUGAAGAGACAACUGAAAUGGUUUCAGCCGUUUCAAGGCUAUCUGAGUCUCCUGAUACAACAGAAAUAGCGACACCUGUGCAGGAAGUAGAAGAAAGUCAGAAAAACCUAGAGUUGAGUAAACAAACACAGGAAAUUCUUCAAGAAGUUGCUGAAAGAGUUAAAAUGUCUGAGGGAACAGAAGUGAUUAGUAAAACCACUUCUGAAGUAAUAAUUCAGCCAGCAUUAGUACAGAAAACUGAAAUUACCGUUGCCUUCGAAGGAACAGAAUUGACUGACGAAUCUGAAUGGACUGAUAUCCAGAUUAUUGAAGGCAUAGAAAGUGGUCAAAAGCAAGUUGAAAUUAAAGAAAGUGGUUUGAAGGAAGUGUUGGAGAAGAAUCAUGAAAUGAAUGUUGAAGUGAAAAAAGAUUCAGACGAAAUAAAAACUUUGAAUCAAAUUGAUGAGUGUCAUCAUUCAAAGACUAAAGAAGAAACAUUAGAAAAACCUAGAAAAAUUGCUGAAGACAAAGCAACUGAAGUUAAAUCAGAAGAAGAAGAAGAAGAAGAAGAAGAAGAUUUUGUUAUUGUUACAGUAACACCUGAAGAGAAGCCAAAAGCAACAAUUGAAGACAUAGCUGGAAAGCAACUGGAACAAUUAAAAAAAGGUGAUAGUGUAUGUUCAGCAGAGGAAAUUAAAGUGCCUUUGGAAGAAGUAGUGCAAAGUAAGGCUACAGAAGAUAUUUCAAAAGUGCAAGAAUUACAAAAAGGAACAUGUGAAGGCAAGCUUAGCUUCUCUCAGAAGCAAGAAGAGGUGGCAAAUGUCACACCUGUAUUGGAUGCAGAACAUAUAGAAACACCAGAAGUUGACGUUAAAAAGCCUCUUGAACAGAAUGAAAUAAAAGACUCUGAAUUUCUAAUACAGCCUCCACUCGCUGAAACAGUUGUACCUGAGGCACCCAUCCAGAGCAAGAUCAUUGAUGUUCCAGUGCAGGAUGAUGAAAGCAAAGUUAGUGAUAUGGGUAUGGUCAAAGCUGCUGUACUUGGCUUAGGAACAGAAAGCACAAAGGAAGUUGGAGUUGAGGCUAGCAUUCAGAACAAAGAAAAUGAGGCCUCUGUCGAAAAUGUGGAAAUUGAGACCGGUAUACAGAAAAUAGAUCCUGAGGGCCAACUGCAAGAAUUAGAAACUAAGAUAUCUUUAGAAGAUGUGAAACCCGAGCAUAAUUUAAAGACACAGAUCCAUGCAGAAAUAGUGGGAAAAGAGAUAUGUGAAAGAAAGAUGGAUGACGAGAAGAUUAUACAGGCUAAGGACAGUAUGCAGAAAGUGGAAACAAAUGGCCAUGUAGAAAAAGUGGAGGAUAUGUGCCAGAUACUGAGUGGAGGAACAGAAGAACUGGCAGAAAAUUCAGAACUAAAGAUGGAUGUAGAUCUUCCCAUAGAGAAGACAAAAACAGAGUCAAUCACAGAAAAAGCAGGUGUUGAGGAACACAUAAAAGAAACAGAAGCACAUCUCUGUCCAGAAGAGAUGGCUGUAGAAUCAGAUGCAGAAAAGGUGGAAAAAGAAAUGCUCCCAGCAACACCUGAAGUGAAAUCAGAAAUACUCAAAGAGAAGAUGGAAUUAGAGCCCCAUGCUGAACAGUUAAAAACAGCAGCCAGUACAGAAAAGGAUGAUGUGAAGGUGCAUGUGAAAGUUGUUACAGAGAAGAAAGGUGCAAAUGAAGCCGAAGUUCCUACAGAGAAGACAAGUGUAAGGGUGGAAACAGAAAUCUGUGCAGAGAAAGUAGAUUCAAAGGUGGAUGCGGACUCUUCCACAGAGAAAGGAGAUGUGAAGCUAGAUGGAGCGAUAUUGACUCCAUCAAAGAGUACAGAUGAAAAUCUGAAGAAGGAACUGCCCUCAACAAGAAUGGAUAUGGAGCUCCUUGUAGAAAAAGUAGAUGCAGACGCUGCCAAGAAAAAAAAUGAAAUGGGGGUUCCUCCAGUGAAAGAAGAUACAGGGCAUUCCACAGAACCAGAAGUUGAAGCACCCAUAGAAAAAGCAGAAGCUGAGACCCAACAAGAUAAAACAGAUGUAGGCCCCCUGCUAGAGAAGGCAGAUGCAAAGCUUGAUUUGGAGGUCAUUUCAGGGAAGAAACAAGCAAAGGUGUGUGAAAAAAAGUCAGAAGAAAUGGUGGAAGCAGGAGCCCCCAUAAAACAGCCAGAACUAAAUGAGAUCAUGCAAAAAGUGGAGAUGGAAUCUUUCACCACAGUUCAAUCUGUGGUGAAAGAUGCAGUGGCUUAUUUGACAACAUGUGUCUCAGAGGAAGAAUCUGUGGCGAGUGAAAUGACUGGGGUUCCUAUUCAGGGAGAGACAAAAAGUGUUGCCAUUUCCUUAGAAUCAAAGAGUUCUGAGGCACAUUUAAAGAACGAAGGAGAAGAUACUGCUCUUCCCCUAGAAAAGGUAUCAACAGAACAAAGUGCAACUCAGCAACAAGGGGUAUUGGAGGUUUCAGUACCUACUCAGGACAAAGUGGAUCCAACCCAAAUUGUUGUAGAAGAUGCCAACCUUAAAUUGGAAUCACAAAUCACAGAGAGUAUUGAAGCCGAAGCCAGAGAAAGUAAUGACCUCAAGGACAACACUGUUAUGAAAUUAAAAAGUACCAAAGAAACUGUAACUGAUACCCCUAUGCAGAUAGAAAACAUUGCACUUCCUAUGAAAGAGGAAAAAAUAUUAAAAUCAUUGAACACCUCUGCAUCAGAAGACUCUAUUCAGAGUGAAAAGAAAGACAUCCUUUCAGACUCAAAAGACGUGGUCCUUAAGGUAAUUGAAGCAACUGGGGAUUCUGUGAAAAAAGAAGUAGCAGCUGAAACAGAAUCAGUAAGAACACUAAUAAAUGAACUUGGAAGCACUGAAGUAGAUAGAGCCAUUCUUACCUCAGACUCUGGAAAUUUAAAGAGUCUUGCCUCAGAUGGCAUUUUGGAAAAUGUAAGAGAUAGUACUCUAGCAGAUGACAUAGAAGCAAGUAUCAAUGAGAUUCCUGUACAAGUUCAUACAUGUCCUGAUAAAUUGCUCUUGGAAACAGUCCGUCCGCUUUCAGAGCCUACAGAAGUUUCAGAUAGUUGUCAGAGAGGACAAGUAAUGUCGGAUAAAAUGCCAAUGAUGGAAACAGAAAAAUCAUCAGAAAACAUUCAACUUGCUGGUGGGGACGUACUUCAUGCAGCUCCAGUACAGCAAGAGAUUUUUGCUGAGCAACAGGAGGCUGUCACCAUGAACAUUCCAGAAGUGCAGAAUUAUGCAGCUCAUAAAUCUUCAGUAACGGUAACAGCAACAGACCUUGAAGACCAAGGCAGUACCGAAAGAGUUACGCUUACAGAAAAAUCAGCUGAAACCACACAAGCUUUACUAGAAGCAACAAAAGAAACAGCAUUCCAGGUCAUACAGCAAGUGAGCUUUGAUCUCUUAGGACAUGGGGCUCCUGGUACUGAGAGAGGAUCUGAGAAGACAAGUUCAGAUGUGGAAGAGCCAGUUCCAUCAGAAGCAAGUUCUGCCAAAGAUGAUUUCCUCUCAAAAAGUGGGUUUGAUUCCAUCCCUGAAACGAAGCUUCAAAAACCUGAGACUAGCCAAGAAGCUGAAAAACAGGUGGCAUCUCCAGCAAGCAGCCCAUCUUUAACUCACAUAGAAUUUGAAAAAGAUGUUGUUCAGUCUGUAACUAUAGAGUCUCAAAGUACAAAAAUUGUACUAAAAAUCAUCCAGAAUGCUGUUGAUAAAUUGGAGAAAACAGAAGAGCCAGCAUCACAAUCUGAACAGACUGAAGUAUGUUCAUUGCAAGCAGAGAAAUCUGAAAUCCAGGGAGAUUUACAGAAACAAGAAGCCAUCAAAGCAACAGAAGAAAUGCCUGUAAGUACUGACAAACCUGAAAUUGGGAGAAGUUCAAGUACCAGAAAGACAGCUGCUGAUCUUAAAGAAAUAAAACACAUGUCACAGGAAGAUGAACAGUCACACACGUUGACCACACUAGUGGAAGACUCUGGAUCUAUGAGUGAAGCUGUGAAAGAGAUUGUCAAAGAAGAAAGUUUGCAGAAAGAAAAUGGGGAACUGAAGUGUCAGUCUGCAGUGGACACAUCUUUGCCCUCACAAUCUCAGAGAGCUUCCUUGGAAAGUGUUGUCGCAGGACAUCCACCCAAAGAGUCACUUGAAGCAGAUCAACCAAAGUUCAAGGACAUGGAUGUGGGACAGAUCCAAGAACAAUUAAUACAGCAACAAAUGCCCCUGAAAAAGAAAGAAGAACACAGCUUAUCAACAGGAUUUAUGGAGAUACACUCUGAGAUUGAUGUAAACAACCAGGACUGUGCAUCCCCUGAGAAUCCACAGUUAAAACUAGAGCUCACAGAAUCCUGAGGUUUCAUUUGAAUGGAAAUCCAUGUCUUAUGCUUGAAGGGACUAGUUCCCAAAGAAGGCAUCAGAAGAGGAUGGGUUCCUCUGAACUGGCUGAAGACUAAUGAAUUUGAUCAGUGAGAACAGACCACUGCUUCCUGGUGUUUUUCUGAGAAAGCCACCUGACAAUCCUGAAGUACCAUCAGGAGCUUGAGUCACCUCCUUUUCUUUUGAUCCCCAACACUUCAUUCCUUCCUUUUCACUUUUUGUUUUGUUUGGUAGUAAGGGGAUGGGUGUGAGUAGGCAGGAAGUGUUAUGUAUUGAUAAAAUUACAUCCAUAACUUAAGCUGGGAAAGAAGUUGGUGUCUUUUAAGCUUCCUCUUUUUAUCAGUGCUUCCAAAAACUGGAUUGUAAUUCUCCGUGUAUUUAUAUGUAUAUCUUCAAGCAAUAUCUGAUAUUCAUGUAUGUUUCCUCCUCUCUAUGUGGACAGAAAGAAAACUAUCUUCUCACCUUUCUUGCCCUAUAAUUGUAGGAAAAAUACUGUGAGUGAGUGACAAAUAGCUACAGAUGAAUACUAAUAUUCUUACAAGUGCUUUGAAUUGGGUCCACUGGAUGGAUGUGAUAACCAGUGCUUAAUACUGUAUUUGGCCUUACUUCCGUAAAAACUAUGCCCAGAAGUCAUUGGAGCACUGGUGCCAACAUAGUCAUCUCUUUUCAUGUUCUGUAAGAAUGGUGCUGCUUCUGUUAUGUGUGUUGGAAACCCUUGGGCUACAGUCAAUUAGAGAUUGGUGUGUGCUUAUACAGAAUAGUUAAAAUUAGUUGGAUCCAGGUUACACCUUCCAUAGAUGUAAAGGUUCCUUGUGGGGGGGGGGGGGUACUCUUUGUUAGUUUUCUCCUUCUUCUACCAUCGUUUGUGCUCUCUCAAAGUAUAUUCCAGAGAGCAAAGUGAACAACACUGGGUGUUUUAGGGAAAGAGGAAUUGCAAAGUUAUCUGUCUCUUCCUUCUGUGAUUGAGAACAUUCUAAGUAGAAAUCAGCUGAACAGAAGAUAGAUUCAACCCAGUGGUCCUUAAUCCUGCCUGAGUCUGUAUUUGAGUGCAGUUUUAAAGACAGCCUUUUUUCUUAGUCACCUGAAGGAAUGGGAGAAGUUUUACAAAGCCAAACACAUAAGUGACCACAUCAGACUAUUCACCAGCCUUGAGAUAUAAUUCAUUUAAAGAAAUGAUAUCACAACUUAGGCAAAACGGUGAGCUGCUUUUAACCUGUCAAGAAAAAUAUAAUAUGAUUCCAUUAAACUUUAGUAUGUUUCCGGAACAUACCUACAUACAAUGAGUUCUUUACGAAAAAAAAAGUUUGAUGAACAAAGGAUUAUGUCUGCUCUGUAUUUUUAUCCCCUGGUUAGGAAAGAGUGUUUCAUUAUGCCUAUGUACAUUUAGUAAAUUGUGAUUUCUGAAAAGUGAUUUUAAUAAAAGACUUAGCUUAUACUUAGCUUUGCACUUUUAAUUAAUUUUUUUCAACAAAACGAGAACUAGGGGGCCUUGAGCAAAGUUACUCCCAGUAUAAAAUGGCAGUUCUUAGUACAGCCAGUUUAAAUUGUUCAUAAUACUGGGCAAGCUUGAAAUGCUAAAUAACUGAAUAGUAAUUUGAAAUGUUCAAAACAUUUAGUAUUUGAUCUUCUAGACACAAAGUAUGUCUAGGGGGUGAAGUUCUAUUGCACUUUUUGUCUCUACACCUAUUCAGCUGAGCCUGUCACAUGGUCCAGCAACUUUCUUGCCCUACCUGUAUAGUAAUUUAUUUGAAAAUGAAGUGAAUGAGCCAAAUGAAUGUCAUCUUUUAGGGGCUGCAUCGCAAGUAAUGAAAGAAAAAUGUCACUGGUGUGAUUGCACCAUCUAGUGGUUGCUUUUCACACUUGGUUGUUUUGGAUAGCAUUUGGCUAAUAUUUGUCUUCUCUCAAAUAAAAUAUAAAAGAGAUGUGAGUUUCUUAAACUCAUAUUGCAUAAUAUCUGAAACACCUUUGCUAAUUAAUUGCAGCUAUAAUAAAAAUGCAGCCUUAUUAGCAUAGUACAAUGUGCAGUUCUGUGAUGAAGUACCUGAUUUGUGAAUAUUACAACAGUUUGGAAACAGAGUUUCUUUGAACAUCAAGGAAAUAGAACAGCUCAAGAGGUGAAUUCAUGUUAUCAUAUAAAGCUGUAUUUUAAAAAUGUAAAAAAAAAUUACAUGCUUCUAAGAAAACAGAAUAGCCAUUUUCUUCACACAUGUCUACAACUACUGUUUCCAUGCCAUUGUUAAUUGGAAUUUUCAUUACAAAAGGUCACUAAAUUAUUUUGGUGUAAUUAUAGGGUUUUUUCUUUUCUUUUAAUGAGUUGUCAGAGUGAUAAGCAGGAAUAUUUUUCUGCUUUUAAAAUGAUCAGUGAGGUUAGGGAAUUAGGGCAAGAGUCAGAAUAGUAAUAAGACCAGAAGGAAAGUGAUCUUUUUGCUUUAUGAGAAACUACUAAGCAUCACUGCUGGAGGUAGGAAGAGGAUACACCAAUGAUUAAUUGGCCAAAUAGUGCUUAUCACACGGACACGGAGUGCUUAUCACUGCUGGCACCUCUUCAGUGGUGGGGACAUAUCCAUGUAUGUCUCCUAGUGUCCAUUAGGAUGGAUAUAUCUUCUCAUCCCCUCUGUCCCUCUGCAGCAGCAGUGACAAAUUAUUACUUCCACAUCACCCAAUUUCUAGGCUGAUUUAAAGAGAAAACAAUUCUUUCAAUUGCAAAUCUGGAAACAUUAAGUAUCUCCUUACAAGGGUUCCCCAAAGUAGCCUCCACCUUCACUACUCCAACUAUUUUGUGCAACCUAGUGUUGAAAGCUUAAUUUACUCUGAUUAGGAUCAGGUUUUGGGGUCCUGUAAGACAUGAUAGGUAGAAAAAAACUCAACACUAGUAACUUUUUCGCUCCACUUGAAGGGUAGCCCACAAAAUCUCUUCUCUAUUACAACUUUUGAGCUGCUCAACAACAAAUAGGUCUCCAUGAAAAGCACUCUGUGUACAAUUAGCAUGUGUCUUCUUCCAAGCACUAGUCCUGCCAUCAUAGUAUGAAUCAAUUUGUGAGAAAGUUCAGUGUGUUUAGUGCAAGCUGGAAACUUAAGAAAUUUUGGAGGUUAAAAUGUAGUCUAGUCUGUUUCUGCCCAAAACAUUUGGGGGGGGGGGGAUCACAGGUAGGAACUUGUUUGUGAAUCAGUUAGAAAUAUUUCAUGUGUGUGUCUAUAAUGUAAAAAUGUGAAAAGUUUUAGGAAUAUGUGUGUCCCACAAUGAUUUAGGGAAGCUCUUUCUUUCUUUCCUUCCUUCCUAGAGGCAACUUCCUGAUUUUGUCUAUGAACUGCAAAGUUUGUUCUGAUUGCCAAAUGUUAAGAUUGCUCACUUCACACAUUGCUCACUUGAGGCAGGUGUCAGACUAGUAAUAUGCAGUGGAGCCGUGCCUCUUGGCUUCAUCACUAACAUUAGGCAUAUUGUUGGCCCUGGCUAUGGACAUUUAAUGUCAUCUUAUGGCCCUUUAUGGAGGAGAGUCCUGAAUGUGCGUUGCUGUGCCAUCAGGACCCUUUUGGGAAGAGGUCUGCAUUUGUUCAGGUGUAGCCAACAGUUAAGAUCUGAACUUCUGCAGGCAAGGCCCAUCAUGUCUAACAGCCAAGAGGGCAGCCCUACUAUCCACUCCUUGUAUGAUUUUCAUGAGUCUGUUAUGUGUUUUAUAACAAAUCUGUCAGAUUCAUGGACUCUGCUUGUAUGUAACCCACCACUUUUAAAUUGCUCUCUUAACAGGUGCCCCAUACAAUUCCUUUUUGUGGCCUAGUGGACUCCAGCUGAAAGUUUAUUUUGUAUUUGGCAGCCAUAAAAUGUGAAUUUUAAAGCCCUGUUCUACUGCUGACAUAUCGGUAUUUAUAUGAACUGUAAUCCGUGUGCAGAAAGCCAUAUUACAAUAGCUGCAACAAGCUAAAUAAUAGUAAUGAUAAACAAAGAACGGCAUGGCUAUGUAAUCCUGGUUGUGAUCUUUAUAGCACCAAGGCUGUUAAUAAAUAUGUAAAGUUAACUAAACGUCAUUUAAAUACAACCUAGUAAUCACAAUGUAAAUUAUUGUUUGCUAGAAAUUGGAGGACAAGUGCUUAGUUCUUUCUUUGUUUUUGUUUUUUAAAACGUUUUGAUCUAGGGCCUUUUGAAGCAAUGCAGACACAAAUCAAAUAACCAAUAUUCCUUCUUGUAACAGACUUGUUUCAAAACAAGCACCAACAGAAUUUUCUCACGGUGCAAGGAGCAUGUCUCCAUACACAGAUACUGCUUUAUUACAGUGUAUUGCUUUGGCCUCAGAAUAUUCAGACAAUGCUGCAAAUGUUAGCUUGUGCCACAACUCCAAGCUUUUGCAGUUUCUUCUAAUCCAUUGUAUCGGAUUAACUGAUAUUUUGAUUUUCUAUGUUGUUUUUAAGGUAGAUUUUCAUGGACUAAAUAAAAUACAAAGACAA